GCGCGUCCCCUUCCGAAACGCAGCCUUUGGAGAAGCCGCUCACAAGGGCUUCGGCCGCAGCGCAACCUUCCGUUCCCCUGUGGGUCUGUCUGCCGAGUCGAGAUGUGGGCUGCUAAGUUCGCGAGCGGCCGGCCGCCUCUCCUGUCCUCGGCGCUGCUGCUCUCGAGGGGGGUCCCAGCGUCCUGCUCUCCCUUUCACUCCUCGGCGCAGUGCCGCGGGGCUAAAGUCGCUGUGGUUCUUUCUGGUUGUGGUGUUUAUGAUGGCACGGAAAUCCACGAAUCCUCUGCGAUAUUGGUUCAUUUGAGCCGAGGAGGAGCCAAUGUUGAGAUGUAUGCUCCAAAUAUUUCUCAGAUGCAUGUUGUUGAUCACAGCAAAGGACAACCAGCUGAGGGGGAAUCAAGAAAUGUCUUAGCAGAAUCAGCAAGGAUUGCUCGUGGGAAAAUUGCUGACUUGGCUAAACUUACUGCAAAGGACCAUGAUGCAGUCAUAUUUCCUGGAGGCUUUGGAGCUGCUAAAAAUCUAUCUACCUUUGCUGUGGAUGGGAAAGACUGUAAAGUUAAUAAAGAAGUUGAGCGUGUGCUGAAAGACUUCUACAAAGCAGGGAAGCCCAUUGGGUUGUGCUGCAUUUCCCCUGUCUUGGCUGCAAAGGUUCUUCCUGGCACUGAAGUUACCGUAGGACACGAACAAGAACAAGGUGGGAGGUGGCCUUAUGCUGGCACUGCUGGGGCCAUUAAAGCCAUGGGAGGAAAACACUGCAUUACAGAAGUAACAGAAGCGCAUGUGGACACUACCAACAAGAUAGUUACUACACCAGCAUUUAUGUGUGAAACUGAAUUGCAUCACAUUUUUGAUGGUAUUGGAGCCAUGGUAAAAAAUGUGUUAAAGCUAACAGGCAAAUGAAGUGGAUGGCUGAAUAACAGCAGCAGUAGCUUUUAGGAAUAUUGCAGCUUUGAUGACAAAGUUGGCACAGAAUGUAUUUUUAGAGGUAUUUUAGAGGAUUGACUUAAAUUUCUGAACUGGAGCAUCCUAGUCCUAUUGAAUCAGGAUCCUUUUCAUGUCAGUCUCUUCUCCAUAUAGUGCAUUGUCACUGACAAUUGUUUUAUGUUCUGAAUGUGGCCAUUGUUAAACAAAUUGUACUUAAUAUCUCCUUAAGUAUUUAAAGUAUUACAAGCUUUAAGAAUAUUUGCAAUGAUUUACCAUGAUUUUGCAAAGCAUGUUAUGUGGCCCAUCAGUUCCAAUAUUAUAUUACUGUAGAAAUUGUGAUACAGCAUGUUAAAAUUGUGCAAAUUGGAUUUGAAUCACCAGUAUGAUAUGAUCUCUAAAGAACAGGAUCUAGGAAUCAAGAACAGCAGAAUAAAAUUCCACUCAUUUUGUAAUGUAUUUUGGAGUAGGCACUAGAAUAUUUGGGGCUAGUUUCCUGCCAAGAUAAUUAGAAGGAUUCUAAUUAUUAGUACUGUGAAAACCUGGUUGUUUAUCAUAUCAUAAGCACUGGCGUAUUACAAAUUCCUGAAGAAUUAAGACACCAUAUAUCAUCUGUAGUCACUUGAAGAAAUGAGGCUUUAGCUCAAAUGACAGUUCUAAUUAUAGGGAAUGUUUUACAAAUAAAUUGUGUUCCUCCAGUGGAAUCCAUGUGAAUGUUAUUAAGCAUUCUGAUUUACCAAGGGAAUUGAGGAAGCAAACUACUGUGCAACAGUUCAGACCAAUUAAGAGAACGUAACUUUUCUCAAUUAGAUAUAACUCAAAUUAAAUAAAAUGGAUGAAGUUAAGAUAAAUUGUUUCCAUUUUUAUUAAUAUGCAGAAUAUAUUUCUUUGGUCUAUUUUUGUGUGCCUAAUUCAAGAGAAUUCAUGUGAUACUUUUAGAUGAACACAUUUGUGUGUGUGUGCUUUCAAGUCAGUCUUGACUUCUGGUGACUGCCUGAAUAAGUCCAUGCAGGUUUUUUGGCAACAUUUUCAGAAGUGGUUUGCCAUUGCUUCUUCCUAGGGCUGAGAGGGAGGAUGACUGGCCCAAAGUCACCUAGCUGGCUUUGUGGCUAAGGCAGACUAGAACUCACAGCACCUAUACCAAACUGGCUGUAGCAAGCACAGGUGUGGAACCUAUGGCAUUCCAGAGCUUCUAUAGUCCCUCAGUCUCAUCAGGUGGUGACAGAUGCUGAGAUGAUUGUAGUAGCAUCUAGAAAGCCACAGAUUUUCCGCCUCUUGCCUAGAGUAUCACAGGACCUCUUUUCUUCCUCUAAAAAUACUCACUUCUACAAGGCUGUGAAAUCAAAACUGUAAUGCAGCAAUGGCAAAACCAACAGUAUGGAUCCAUAAUAGAAGUCUCAAUUUAAGCAGGGAAUGGCUCCUUUAUAAACUACACAUCAUACAGCAAAGCAAACUUAGAUAUUUGGAAUGUGGUUUCUAGGAAAAGAGUUAUGAGACCAAUUAAGAAGCAACUUCAACAGAUAUUAGUAAUGAUUUAUUUAUUUAUUAUUCACAUUUCUAUCACCGCCCAUCUCCCCCUAAAAGGGGGACUCUGGGCGUUUACAAUAAAAUUCACCUUAAAAACUGACAUCAUAAAAUCACCAAUAUUAAAAUAAUAAAAAUAUAAAUAUAAAAUCCAAGUGGGAGAUUUCCAUUCCGUCGGGAGAACUCUACAUCACCAGCCACCCCCAGGAAGAGCUAUUGCCCUUCCCAUCCCAGGCAAGGCGGCAAAACCAGGUCUUCAAGCCCCUCUGGAAGGUCGGGAGUGAAGGGGCCUGCCUCACCUCAGGGAGUAGAAUGUUCCACAGGGCAGGCGCCACUGCAGAGAAGGCCCACCUCCUGGACCCCGCCAGAUGAAAUUCUCUUACAGACGGGGUCCGCAACAUGCCCUCUCUGCAUGAUCGGGUGGGACGGGUUGAUGUUAUAGGGAUGAGAUGGUCCCUCAGGUAGCCUGGCCCCAUGCCAUGUAGGGCUUUAAAGGUGAUAACCAACACCUUGAAUUGGACCUGGAAGCAAACUGGACCCCAAUGCAGUUCAUGCAGUAGAGGUGUUACAUGUGCUGAUCUUGGAGCACUCAGCACUGUUUGCGCAGCCGCAUUUUGGACCAACUGAAGCUUCUGGAUACUCUUCAAGGGUAGCCCCAUGUAAAGCGCAUUGCAGUAGUCUAUAUGGGAGAUGACCAGGGCAUGAGUGACUGUCCGGAGGGCAUCUCCAUCCAGGAAAGGGUGUAACUGGCACAACCUGAAGUUGUGCAAAGGCCCUCCUAGCCACGACUGCCACCUGCUCUUUGAGCAGGAGUCGUGAGUCCAGGAGGAUCCCCAAGUUACGCACAGGUUCUGAAUAGGACAGUGCAACCCCAUCCAGAACUAAAGAUGACAACUUCCCGGAUACCGAGGAGCCAUCAAUCCACAGCCACUCCGUCUUACCAGGGUUCAGCUGAAGCCUGUUGCUCCUCAUCCAGGCCCCCACAGCCCCCAGGCAUUGAUCGCAUCACUUACUUCACCCGGGAUGGAGAUAUAUAUCUGAGUAUCAUCAGCAUACUGAUGGUACCUCGUCCCGUGGUGACGGAUGACCUCACCCAGCAGUUUCAUGUAGAUGUUAAAUCGGAGAGGGGAGAGAACCGAACCCUGCGGCACCCCGCAAAGCAGGGGUCGAGGGUCGGAUCUCUCAUCUCCUAUCACCACCGACUGGGACUGGCCCUGGAGGAAGGAGGUGAACCAGCGCAGAACCACGCCGCCCACCCCCAACUCCCUGAGUCACCCCAGAAUACCAUGGUCGAUGGUAUCGAAAGCCGCUGAGAGAUCAAGGAGAGCGAGGAUGGAUGCACACCUCCAUCCCGCUCCCACCAGAGAUCAUCCAUAAGCGCAACCAAUGCAGUCUCUGUCCCAUAUCCCAGCCUGAAACCUGACUGAAAGGGGUCUAGAUAAUCCGUUUCAUCCAGAAUCCUCUGAAGUUGUAACGCCACCACUUUCUCAACCAUCUUCCCCAAAAAGGGGAGGUGGGAGACUGGACGAAAGUUGUCCAGGACAGUAGGGUCCAGCGAUGGCUUUUUGAGGAGGGGGUGUACCAGUGCCUCCUUAAAGGCAACCGGAACCACUCCCUCCCUCAAAGAUGCAUUAACCAUCGCCUGGACCCAACCACAUGUCACCUCCCGGGCUGCUUUCACAAGCCAGAAAGCACAUGGGUCUAGAUGACACGUGGUGGCAUUUACAAUCCGGAAGAUCCUGUCCACUUCCUCAGGCCCAACAGGAUCAAACUGUUCCCAGAUAAUCCUCAAUGUUCAAUAUAAAGAACAAAUAUUUAGUUCAGCAGUUGGGGAACAAAUGGAAGAAUGCAUCACUAAAAAUUGUUCUAUCAUGUUUUUACUCUAUAGCUAUUUUUUUCUUACCUUGUGCUUUGUAUUUUUAACUUUCUAAAAAUCUAUUAAAAGCUUAAAUAAAAAAUAA